AGUUUAUAUGUGAAAUCAGUUUAUACGAGAAUGUUUUUGAAAAAAAUUGUAAAUAAUUUCAGUUUUACCAGAUAGGCGCUCAAAUUCCAAAAACUGUCUAUUUUGGAGACUUGUUUGUUAGAUAUUGUUCCAAUAAAUCUACUGAGAAAUAUAUUCAUUCCGAUCAUUGAAGUGCGAUUGAAAAUGAUCUACUGUUGUAUCGAAGUUUAAGUGAAAUAUAGACAUGCGAAAGAGAAGAUGUAUAUGGAUCACGUUGUUCCAACUGAUUAUUUUUUUCGAGACUUCAGAGCAAUCGGACCCCACAGAUUGCAAUUCCAGACAGUUUAUAUGUUACAAUGAAACAUUCUUCUAUCAAUGUGUUGCUAAUGAAGAAUUGGGAGGUACUUACAUUUAUGGAGAACCCCUACCUUGUCCGGAAGAAUUAUAUUGUUACAAUGAUUCCCAAUUAGAAUGUGAUGAGUAUCGAUCUACAACCUUGACAUUUACAAUAACCACAACUGAAACACAAGAUAAGGAUACAUCGAGAAAUACUGGAGGUAAUGAAGAUGUAACCGCUUCUUCUAGAACCAAUGAUGCUUCUGUUACUACUGAAACUACAGAGCAAACAACCGAUACGGAGACAUCGGUAAAUACCUACGACUAUUAUACAACUACUGAAGGUAAUGAAGAGGUAACCGCUUCUUCUAGAACCAAUGAUGCUUCUGUUAAUACUGGAAGUACAGAACAAACAACCGAUACAAAGACAUCGACAAUUACCCACAACUAUUAUACAACUACUGAAGGGAAUGAAGAGGAAACCGCUUCUUCUAUUACCAACGAUAGUUCAGCCAAUACUGGAACUACAAAACAAAUAACUGACACGAAUACAUCGAAAAAUACCAACGAAUAUUAUACAACUACUGAAAAUAAUGAAGAGGUUACCACUUCCUCUAGAACCAAUGAUGCUUCUGUUAAUACUGAAACUACAGAACAAAUAACCGACACGAAUACAUCGGGAAAUACCAACGAAUAUUAUACAACUACUGAAAAUAAUGAAGAGGUUACCACUUCCUCUAGAACCAAUGAUGCUUCUGUUAAUACUGAAACUACAGAACAAAUAACCGACACGAAUACAUCGGGAAAUACCAACGAAUAUUAUACAACUACUGAAAAUAAUGUAGAGGUUACCACUUCUUCUAGAAACAAUGAUGCUUUUGUUAAUACUGAAACUACACAACAAACAACCGAUACGGAGACAUCGGCAAAUACCUACGACCAUUAUACAACUACUGAAAGUAAUGAAGAGGAAACCGCUUCUUCUAGAACCAAUGAUGCUUCUGUUACUACUGAAACUACAGAGCAAACAACCGAUACGGAGACAUCGGCAAAUACACACGACUAUUAUACAACUACUGAAGGUAAUGAAGAGGAAACCGCUUCUUCUACAACCAAUGAUGCUUCUGUUAAUAGUAAAACUACUAAACAAAUAACCGACACGAAUACAUCGGGAAAUACCAACGAAUAUUAUACAAGUACUGAAAAUGAUGAAGAGGUUACCACUUCUUCUAGAACUAAUGAUGCUUCUGUUAAUACUGAAACUACAGAGCAAACAACCGAUACGGAGACAUCGGCAAAUACCUAUGACCAUUAUACAACUACUGAAAGUAAUGAAGAGGAAACCGCUACUUCUAGAACUAAUGAUGCUUUUGUUAAUAAUGAAACUACAGAGCAAAGAACCGAUACGGAGACAUCGGCAAACACCUACGACUAUUAUACAACUACUGAAGAUAAUGAAGAGGUAACCGCUUCUUCUAGAACCAAUGAUGCCUCUUUUGAUACUGAAACUACAGAACAAACAAUCGAUACGGAGACAUCGGCAACUACCUACGACUAUUAUACAACUACUGGAGGUGAUGAAGAGGUUACCACUUCUUCUAUUACCAAUGAUGGUUCAUCCAAUACUGAAACUACAAAACAAAUAACCGACACGAAUACAUCGGGAAAUACCAACGAAUAUUAUACAACUACUGAAAAUAAUGGAGAGGUUACCACUUCUACUAGAACCAAUGAUGCUUCUGUUAAUACUGGAACUACAAAACAAAUACCCGACACGAUAACAUCGGCAAAUACCAACGAAUAUUAUACAACUACUGAAAAUGAUGAAGAGGUUACUACUUCUUCUAGAACCAAUGAUGCUUCUGUUGAUACUGAAAGUACAGAACAAACAACCGAUACAAAGACAUCGACAAAUACCUUCGACUAUUAUACAACUACUGAAGGUGAUCAAGAGGUUACCACUUCUUCUAUUACCAAUGAUAGUUCAGCCAAUACUGAAACUACAAAGCAAAUAACCGACACGAAUACAUCGGGAAAUACCAACGAAUAUUAUACAACUAGUGAAAAUGAUGAAGAGGUUACCACUUCUUCUAGAACCAAUGAUGCUUUUGUUACUACUGAAACUACAGAGCAAACAACCGAUACGGAGACAUCGGCAAAUACCUACGACCUUUAUACAACUACUGAAAGUAAUGAAGAGGAAACCGCUUCUUCUAGAACUAAUAAUGCUUUUGUUAAUAAUGAAACUACAGAGCAAAGAACCGAUACGGAGACAUCGGCAAACACCUACGACUAUUAUACAACUACUGAAGAUAAUGAAGAGGUAACCGCUUCUGCUAGAACCAAUGAUGCCUCUUUUGAUACUGAAACUACAGAACAAACAAUCGAUACGAAGACAUCGGCAACUACCUACGACUAUUAUACAACUACUGGAGGUGAUGAAGAGGUUACCACUUCUUCUAUUACCAAUGAUGGUUCAUCCAAUACUGAAACUACAAAACAAAUAACUGACACGAAUACAUCGGGAAAUACCAACGAAUAUUAUACAACUACUGAAAAUAAUGGAGAGGUUACCACUUCUACUAGAACCAAUGAUGCUUCUGUUAAUACUGGAACUACAAAACAAAUACCCGACAAGAUAACAUCGGCAAAUACCAACGAAUAUUAUACAACUACUGAAAAUGAUGAAGAGGUUACUACUUCUUCUAGAACCAAUGAUGCUUCUGUUGAUACUGAAAGUACAGAACAAACAACCGAUACAAAGACAUCGACAAAUACCUUCGACUAUUAUACAACUACUGAAGGUGAUCAAGAGGUUACCACUUCUUCUAUUACCAAUGAUAGUUCAGCCAAUACUGAAACUACAAAACAAAUAACCGACACGAAUACAUCGGGAAAUACCAACGAAUAUUAUACAACUAGUGAAAAUGAUGAAGAGGUUACCACUUCUUCUAGAACCAAUGAUGCUUUUGUUACUACUGAAACUACAGAGCAAACAACCGAUACGGAGACAUCGGCAAAUACCUACGACCUUUAUACAACUACUGAAAGUAAUGAAGAGGAAACCGCUUCUUCUAGAACUAAUGAUGCUUUUGUUAAUAAUGAAACUACAGAGCAAAGAACAGAUACGGAGACAUCGGCAAACACCUACGACUAUUAUACAACUACUGAAGAUAAUGAAGAGGUAACCGCUUCUUCUAGAACCAAUGAUGCCUCUUUUGAUACUGAAACUACAGAACAAACAAUCGAUACGGAGACAUCGGCAACUACCUACGACUAUUAUACAACUACUGGAGGUGAUGAAGAGGUUACCACUUCUUCUAUUACCAAUGAUGGUUCAUCCAAUACUGAAACUACAAAACAAAUAACCGACACGAAUACAUCGGGAAAUACCAACGAAUAUUAUACAACUACUGAAAAUAAUGGAGAGGUUACCACUUCUACUAGAACCAAUGAUGCUUCUGUUAAUACUGGAACUACAAAACAAAUACCCGACACGAUAACAUCGGCAAAUACCAACGAAUAUUAUACAACUACUGAAAAUGAUGAAGAGGUUACUACUUCUUCUAGAACCAAUGAUGCUUCUGUUGAUACUGAAAGUACAGAACAAACAACCGAUACAAAGACAUCGACAAAUACCUACGACCAUUAUACAACUACUGAAGGUGAUAAAGACGGAACCACUUCUUCUAGAACCAAAGAUGCUUCUGUUAAUACUGAAACUACAGAACAAACAACCGAUACAAAGACAUCGGCAAAUACCUACGACUAUUAUACAACUACUGAAGGUAAUGAAGAGGUAACAGCUUCAACUAGAACCAAUGAUGCUUCUGUUAAUACUGAAACUACAGAACAAACAACCAAUACGGAUACAUCGGCAAAUACCUACAACUAUUAUACAAAUACUGAAGGUAAUGAAGAGGAAACCGCUUUUUCUAGAACCAAUGAUUCUUCUGUUAAUACUGAAACUACAGAAAAAACAACCGAUACGGAGACAUCGGCAAAUACACACGACUAUUAUACAACUACUAAAGGUAAUGAAGAGGUUAUCACUUCUUCUAUUACCAAUGAUGGUUCUUCCAAUACUGAAACUACAAAACAAAUAACCGACACGAAUACAUCGGGAAAUACCAACGAAUAUUAUACAACUACUGAAAAUAAUGGAGAGGUUACCACUUCUACUAGAACCAAUGAUGCUUUUGUUAAUACUGGAACUACAAAACAAAUACCCGACACGAAUACAUCGGGAAAUACCAACGAAUAUUAUACAACUACUGAAAAUGAUGAAGAGGUUACCACUUCUUCUAGAACCAAUGAUGCUUCUGUUACUACUGAAACUACAGAGCAAACAACCGAUACAGAGACAUCGGCAAAUACCUACGACAAUUACACAACUACUGAAGGUGAUAAAUACGUAACCACUUCUUCUAGAACCAAUGAUGCUUUUGUUAAUACUGAAACUACAGAGCAAACAACCGAUACGGAGACAUCGGCAACUCCCUACAACUAUUAUACAACUACUGAAGGUAAUGAAGAUGUAACCGCUUCUUCUAGAACCAAUGAUGCUUCUGUUACUACUGAAACUACAGAGCAAACAACCGAUACGGAGACAUCGGCAAAUACCUACGACCAUUAUACAACUACUGAAGGUGAUAGAGAUGUAACCACUUCUUCUAUAAUCAAUGAUGCUUCUGUUAAUACUGGAACUACAGAACAUACAACUAACACGGAGACAUCGGCAAAUACCUACGAAUAUUAUACAACUACUGGAGGUAAUGAAGAGGUCCCCGCUUCUUCUAGAACCAAUGAUGCUUCUGUUACUACUGAAACUACAGAGCAAACAACCGAUACGGAGACAUCGGCAAAUACCUACGACCAUUAUACAAUUACUGAAGGUAAUGAAGAGGUAACAGCUUCUUCUAGAACCAAUGAUAUUCCUGUUAAUACUGAAACUACAGAACAAACAACCAAUACGGAGACAUCGGCAAAUACCUACGACUAUUAUACAACUACUGAAGGUGAUAAAGACGUAACCACUUCUUCUAUAACCAAUGAUGCUUCUGUUAAUACUGAAACUACAGAACAUACAACUAAUACGGAGACAUCGGCAAAUACCUACGACUAUUAUACAACUACUGAAGGUGAUAAAGACGUAACCACUUCUUCUAUAACCAAUGAUGCUUCUGUUACUACUGAAACUACAGAGCAAACAACCGAUACGGAGACAUCGGCAAAUACCUACGACCAUUAUACAAUUACUGAAGGUAAUGAAGAGGUAACAGCUUCUUCUAGAACCAAUGAUAUUCCUGUUAAUACUGAAACUACAGAACAAACAACCAAUACGGAGACAUCGGCAAAUACCUACGACUAUUAUACAACUACUGAAGGUGAUAAAGACGUAACCACUUCUUCUAUAACCAAUGAUGCUUCUGUUAAUACUGAAACUACAGAACAUACAACUAAUACGGAGACAUCGGCAAAUACCUACGACUAUUAUACAACUACUGAAGGUGAUAAAGACGUAACCACUUCUUCUAUAACCAAUGAUGCUUCUGUUAAUACUGAAACUACAGAACAUACAACUAAUACGGAGACAUCGGCAAAUACCUACGACUAUUAUACAACUACUGGAGGUAAUGAAGAGGUCCCCGCUUCUUCAAGAACCAAUGAUGCUUAUGUUACUACUAAAACUACAGAGCAAACAACCGAUACGGAGACAUCGGAAAAUACCUAUGACCAUUAUACAACUACUGAAGGUGAUAAAGACGUAACCACUUCUUCUAUUACCAAUGAUAGUUCAGCCAAUACUGAAACUACAGAGCAAACAACCGAUACAAAGACAUCGGCAAAUACCUACGACUAUUAUACAACUACUGAAGGUAAUGAAGAGGUAACAGCUUCUUCUAGAACCAAUGAUGCUCCUGUUAAUACUGAAACUAUAGAACAAACAACUAAUACGGAGACAUCGGCAAAUACCUACGACUAUUAUACAACUACUGAAGGUGAUAAAGACGUAACCACUUCUAGAACCAAUGAUGCUUCUGUUAAUACUGAAGGUACAGAACAAACAAGCGAUACAAAGACAUCGACAAAUACCUUCGACUAUUAUACAACUACUGAAGGUAAUCAAGAGGUUACCACUUCUUCUAUUACCAAUGAUAGUUCAGCCAAUACUGAAACUACAAAACAAAUAACCGACACGAAUACAUCGGGAAAUACCAACGAAUAUUAUACAACUAGUGAGAAUGAUGAAGAGGUUACCACUUCUUCUAGAACCAAUGAUGCUUUUGUUACUACUGAAACUACAGAGCAAACAACCGAUACGGAGACAUCGGCAGAUACCUACGACCAUUAUACAACUACUGAAGGUAAUGGAGAGGUAACAGCUUCUUCUAGAACCAAUGAUGUUUCUGUUAAUACUGAAACUACAGAACAAACAACCAAUACGGAGACAUCGGCAAAUACCUACGACUAUUAUACAACUACUGAAGGUGAUAAAGACGUAACAACUUCUUCUAGAACCAAUGAUGCUUCUGUUAAUACUGAAAUUACAGAACAAACAACUAAUACGGAGGCAUCGGCAAAUACCUACGACUAUUAUACAACUACUGGAGGUAAUGAAGAGGCCCCCACUUCUUCUAGAACCAAUGAUGCUUCUGUUACUACUGAAACUACAGAGCAAACAACCGAUAAGGAGACAUCGGCAAAUACCUACGACCGCUAUACAACUACUGAAGGUGAUAAAGACGUAACCACUCCUUCUAGAACCAAUGAUGCUUCUGUUACUACUGAAACUACAGAGCAAACAACCGAUACGGAGACAUCGUCAAAUACCUACGACCAUUAUACAACUACUGAAGGUAAUGAAGAGGUAACAGCUUCUUCUAGAACCAAUGAUGCUUCUGUUUAUACUGAAACUACAGAACAAACAACCGAUACAAACACAUCGGCAAAUACCUACGACUAUUAUACAACUACUAGAGGUAAUGAAGAGGUAACAGCUUCUUCUAGAACCAAUGAUGCUUCUGUUAAUACUGAAAUUACAGAACAAACAACUAAUACGGAGGCAUCGGCAAAUACCUACGACUAUUAUACAACUACUGGAGGUAAUGAAGAGGCCCCCACUUCUUCUAGAACCAAUGAUGCUUCUGUUAAUACUGAAACUACAGAACAAAUAACCGACACUAAUAAAUCGGGAAAUACCAACGAAUUUUAUUCAACUACUGGAAAUGAUGAAGAGGUUACCACUUCUUCUAGAACUAAUGAUGCUUCUGUUACUACUGAAACUACAGAGCAAACAACCAAUAAGGAGACAUCGGCAAAUACCUACGACUAUUACACAACUACUGAAGGUGAUAAAGACGUAACCACUUCUUCUAUUACCAAUGAUAGUUCAGCCAAUACUGAAACUACAAAGCAAAUAACCGACACGAAUACAUCGGGAAAUACCAACGAAUAUUAUACAACUAGUGAGAAUGAUGAAGAGGUUACCACUUCUUCUAGAACCAAUGAUGCUUUUGUUAAUACUGAAACUACAGAUCAAACAACUUACACGAAUACCAACGAAUAUUACACAACUACUGAAGGUAAUGAAGAGAUUACUGCUCCUUCUAGAACCAAUGAUGCUUUUGUUUUCACUGAAACUACAGAAAAAUCAACUGGCAUGAAUACAUCGGCAAAUACCUACGACUAUUAUACAACUACUGAAGGUAAUGAAGAGGCCCCCACUUCUUCUAGAACCAAUGAUGCUUCUGUUAAUACUGAAACUACAGAACAAAUAACCGACACUAAUAAAUCGGGAAAUACCAACGAAUUUUAUUCAACUACUGGAAAUGAUGAAGAGGUUACCACUUCUUCUAGAACUAAUGAUGCUUCUGUUACUACUGAAACUACAGAGCAAACAACCAAUAAGGAGACAUCGGCAAAUACCUACGACUAUUACACAACUACUGAAGGUGAUAAAGACGUAACCACUUCUUCUAUUACCAAUGAUAGUUCAGCCAAUACUGAAACUACAAAGCAAAUAACCGACACGAAUACAUCGGGAAAUACCAACGAAUAUUAUACAACUACUGAAAAUGAUGAAGAGGUUACCACUUCUUCUAGAACCAAUGAUGCUUUUGUUAAUACUGAAACUACAGAUCAAACAACUUACACGAAUACCAACGAAUAUUACACAACUACUGAAGGUAAUGAAGAGAUUACUGCUCCUUCUAGAACCAAUGAUGCUUUUGUUUUCACUGAAACUACAGAAAAAUCAACUGGCAUGAAUACAUCGGCAAAUACCUACGACUAUUAUACAACUACUGAAGGUAAUGAUGAGGUUACAACUUCUUCUAGAACCAAUGAUCCUUAUGUUGAUACUGAAACUACCGAUCAAUCAACCGAAACGAAUACGUCAAGAAACACCAACGACCUUUACAUAACUACUGAAGGUGAUGGAGAGGUUACCACUUCUUCUAAAACCAAUGAUGCAUCUGUUGAUACUGAAACUACAGAACAAACGAAUACAUCGAGAAAUACCAACGACUAUUAUACAACUACUGAAGAUAAUGGAAAAGUUACCACUUCUUCUAGAAACAAUGAAGGUUCUGUUACUUCUGAUACUACAGAACAGAUAACUGAGACAAAUAGAUGGAGAAAUACCAACGACUAUGAUAAAAAUACUGAAGAUAACGAAGAGGUUACAAUUUCUUCUAGAACAAAUGAUGCUUUUGUUAAAACCGAACAGACUCAGCGACUUACUACCUCCUCGACACAACGAUCUGAUUCUGACAAUACUGAAACCUCGUAUACAACGAUUUCAACGAACACUCCUAGAAUUACCACAGAAACUCCUUCAAUCAAUAAAACCACACCAUUGGUAAUUCCGUGUUAUAGAACUGGGAAGUAUCCCCAUCCAACAGAUUGUAGUAAAUUUUCCCAAUGUGUCGAUUUGGUUGGAGAAAUGGUUCAGUAUGUGCUAUCAUGUCCGGAUGGCACACAGUUUGAUUCUUCUAGGAAAAUAUGUACCACGCGGCCUGUACAAUGUCCUGGAGAUAUAGAAUUGAAAUGUUCACAAGAAGGAUCUUUCUUACACCCUAAAAACUGUAGUAGAUGGUUCACUUGUAUAUGGGAUUUUAUCACCAAUGAAUUUGUUAUUGAUCAACAUAUAUGCCCACCUGGUAGUAGUUAUAAUGAGCAUUCAGGUAAUUGCGAACCAUCAUUGUGCGGUCUUAGUAAAGCACAGUCUCCUGUCAUUAAUGAUACCACUACAAUAAUACGUAGUGACACAAGGUUCACUUGUUUGAGUUCUGGCCAGUACCCUGAUCCAAUUAAAUGUAAUACUUAUCACAUAUGUGUUUUUCUGCAAAACGCCUUAUUCGAUGUAGAGCUCACCUGUCCAGAUGGAACCCUGUACGAUUCAAACAACAAAAUAUGUUCCGUUGAUACAAUACAAUGUCCAAACUAUAUUACAUUAACCUGCUCUUCGAAUGGGAAAUUUGUUCAUCCCAGCGAUUGUAAUAGAUAUUAUAUAUGUAAAUUGAAUACGAUUGAUAAUACCUACGAUAUAUAUCAGUACAGAUGCCCUAAAUAUGAAUCGUUCAACGAAAAAUUGGGAAUUUGUACUCCGUCGAUAGCUUGCAUGGAGAAUGUGGAUCUUACUUGUAUCCAACCCGGGCGCUACCCUUUAAAAGGCAGCUGUAAAGAGUACUUAGAAUGUCAAAUUAUUCAUGGGAAGUUAGUUCCGAGAUUAAAAACUUGUGGUUUGUUCAAGACGUUCGAUAAAAUAACAAGAAGAUGUAGAAGGAAGUGUUUUGCAACUUGUUAAUUCUCAAUGAAAUCAUAAAUUCUUUUAUUAUUUUUUUCGUUUAAUUAUCUUAUUCUACAUAAUGAAUUUUGUAUUAUCUGUUAAAAUAAAAAUUUGUAAUAAAAAAAA